CAUUCAUAUUUGUUUGGAGAUAUACGCCCAUGCAUGUUUGAAAAUUGCAGAUACGUAUGUCGCACAAUUUCAAUAGUAAUGUAAUCUUAUCACGAUUCAAUAAAACAUUGAGAUUUAGGACGACGAAUAUUGAAUGAAGUUUAUCACUAUAAAUCCCUUUGCUAAAAAGUUAGUGGGGAAAUAAAUGGAGGGGGCGGAUUGUUAUCUGCUUUUACUAAUCAGGCUCGACACGUGAGAUGUGUAAUUUGGUUUUCUGAUAAUCUUUUUCUUCAUUUUAAAGUUGAUAUCGUUUUUAAUAGAAAAAAACUUGUAUCUAAAAGAAGCUAAUAUAAUUUUAAAAAUUUGCUUGCCUAUUUUUUUGUAAUCUCUGGGUGUUCAAACAAGAUAUUGCGUCAUGUCAAAAAAAAUUAUUUGCUUAUUUGAUGUUGAUGGUACACUUACUGAACCACGACAGCCAAUCAGUCCUAGCAUUGAAAAGUUUCUUCUGGAGACUGUGAAAAAAGAGUUUGAUAUUGCAAUUGUUGGAGGAUCUGAUUUAAAUAAGAUUCAAGAACAAUUAGGUAGUGAAAAUUUGUUUGAAAAGUAUAAGUAUAUCUUUGCAGAAAAUGGACUUAUCGCAUUCAAGGAUGGCAAAGCUCUGCCAUCGCAAUCAAUCCAGGACAUGUUGGGAGAAGAUGUUCUACAGGAUUUUAUAAAUUUUGUUUUGCGAUAUAUAUCCGAGUUGAAAUUGCCAUUUAAACGUGGAACAUUUGUGGAAUUUCGUACAGGCAUGAUGAAUAUUUCGCCAACAGGACGAAAUUGCACCAAGAAAGAACGCGAACAGUUUUUUGAAUAUGACAGUGAACAUCAUAUCCGCGAAAAAUUUAUACAAGCUCUUAAAAAGGAGUUCCCCAAUUUGGCUCUGACCUACAGUAUUGGGGGACAGAUUUCUUUCGAUGUUUUUCCUAUUGGUUGGGAUAAAACAUAUUGUUUGCGUCAUAUCCAAGGGUAUGACGAAAUACAUUUCUUCGGUGAUAAAACGGCGGAGGGUGGUAACGAUCACGAGAUUUACGAGAGCGAUUUGACGAUAGGACAUCGCGUCACUUGUCCCAAGGAUACAAUGAAUCAAUUGAACGUUCUUAUAGCACUCGUAAAAGAGAAUAGAGAAAGGGAACAGCUUAGUGUUCCGUUACAAUGUGUUUAAUAAGAAUCAUAGUUUUCUAGAUCAAAAUAAAUUUAUAUUUUCAAUACAUAUAAUAUAUUAGUAAACUAGUAUUUCCUUUAUUUUUUUCAAUUUUUUGCUCAUGUAACAUUCCUGGUAAUAAAAACGUAGAGUAUUUAA